AGACGCUCAACCGACUGAGCCCCCCAGUGAGACGGUUUAAGCGGAAGCAUCUUACAGCCAUCGACUGCCAACAUUUGGCUCGGAGUCACUUGGCAGUGACCCAGCCCUUCUGUCAAAGAUGGACCAACAGAGACCCAAACCACGGUCUCUAUCCUAGACCCAGAACAAAAAGAGAGACUAGGGGUCAAGGAUGCCAAAGGUACAUCACUGAAUUCCUGCUAGCUGGCCAGCAGCGGCGCACCAAUGACAUGGCCAAAAGCAAUUCUGUGGGCCAGGACCCCUCUCAGGACUCGGAGGGGGAAAUGAUCUUUGCUGCAGAGAGCAGCUGUGCCCUGCCUCAGGACGGCGACGGGCGAGCCAGGCUGGGCUCCUCGGGGUCUGCGCCGCGUGCACGGAAGCGGUCCCGGUCCUUUGAGGAUGAGAGGAAUCCGGCGACAGGGACCAGCCGGUGGGAUGGGGCUUCUAAGAAGACUCCACGGCCUUGUUCGUUCCUGUCGUGCCCGAGACCCCGGGAAGCCAGGCAGGAAGCAGAGGACUUUCCGUCACGGUGCCCCGCGGAGGCCGGAGAGCCCGCCCAGGAAGUGGAAGACAUCGGCCCCGAUCCCGUCCCUGACCCUCACUACGGGCUCCUGGGCACCUUGCCCGGCCAGGAGCCACCGAGCCACAUCUGCAGGCUGCCCAGCGAGGUGCUGAGGCACGUCUUUGCUUUCCUCCCCGUGGAGGACCUCUACUGGAACGUGAGCUUAGUGUGCCACUUCUGGAGGGACAUCAUCAGCGACCCACUGUUCAUUCCUUGGAAGAAGCUCUAUUAUCGAUACCUGAUGAACGAAGAGCAAGCCGUGAGCAAAGUGGAUGGCAUCCUGCUGAACUCCGGUAUCGAGAAGGAGUCAGACUUGUGUGUGCUCAACCUCAUCCGCUAUGCGGCCACCACUAAGUGCUCCCCAAGUGUGGACCCCGGACGGGCGUUGUGGAGUCUGAGGGACCACCUCCUCCUCCCCGAGGCAGAGGCCUGUGUGCGUCAGCACCUCCCCGAUCUCCACGUGGCUGCUGCGGGUGUCAACGUGUGGGCUCUGGUGGCGGCCAUCGUCCUCCUCUCCAGCAGCGUGAAUGACAUCCAGCAGCUGCUCUUCUGCCUCAGGAGACCUAGCUCCACCGUGACCAUGCCCGACAUCACGGAGACCUUGUACUGCAUCGCCGUGCUUCUCUACGCCAUGCGGGAGAAGGGGAUCAGCAUCAGCAACCGGAUUCACUACAACAUUUUCUAUUGCCUGUAUCUUCAGGAGAAUUCUUGUACUCAGGCCGCAGAAGUCAAAGAGGAGCCGUCGGUUUGGCCAGGCAAGAAAAGCACCAUCCAGCUCACACACGAACAACAGCUGAUUCUGAGCCACAAGAUGGAACCUCUCCAAGUGGUGAAGAUUAUGGCGUUUGCAGGCACCGGGAAGACCUCUACCCUGGUCAAGUAUGCUGAGAAGUGGUCUGAGAGCAGGUUUCUGUAUGUGACAUUCAACAAGAGCAUCGCAAAGCAGGCCGAGCUAGUCUUCCCCAGCAAUGUCAUCUGCAAAACCUUUCAUUCCAUGGCCUAUGGACACGUCGGGCGGAAGUACCAAUUAAAGAAGAAAUUGAAUCUCUUCAAGUUGACCCCUUUCAUGGUCAAUUCUGUCCUUGCUGAAGGAAAAGGUGGAUUCAUAAGGGCCAAGCUCGUAUGUAAAACUUUAGAAAACUUCUUUGCCUCUGCUGAUGAAGAGCUGACGAUUGAUCACGUGCCCAUCUGGUGUAAGAACAGCCAAGGACAGAGAGUCAUGGUUGAACAGAGUGAAAAGCUGAACGGUGUCCUUGAAGCAAGCCGACUCUGGGACAACAUGCGGAAGCUGGGGGAAUGCAAAGAAGAGGCUUACCAAAUGACUCACGAUGGCUAUUUGAAACUCUGGCAGCUGAGCAAGCCUCUGCUUGCCUCUUUUGACGCCAUCUUUGUGGAUGAGGCCCAGGACUGUACCCCAGCUAUCAUGAACAUAGUUCUGUCUCAGCCAUGUGGGAAAAUCUUUGUAGGGGACCCACAUCAACAGAUCUAUACCUUCCGCGGUGCGGUCAAUGCUCUGUUUACAGUCCCUCACACGCACGUCUUCUAUCUCACACAGAGUUUUAGGUUUGGGGUGGAGAUCGCCUACGUGGGAGCUACUAUCUUGGACGUCUGCAAGAGAGUACGGAAAAAGACUUUGGUGGGAGGAAACCAUCAGAGUAGCAUUAGAGGUAGAGGUGACACAAAGGGGCAAGUGGCCCUGUUGUCCCGGACCAACGCCAAUGUGUUCGAUGAGGCCGUGCGGGUGACCGAAGGAGAAGUGCCUGCCAGGAUACAUUUGAUCGGGGGGAUUAAAUCAUUUGGAUUGGACAGAAUCAUUGAUAUUUGGAUCCUUCUUCAGCCGGAGGAGGAGCGGAGGAAACAGAACCUCGUCAUUAAAGACAGGUUCAUCAGGAGAUGGGUGCACAAGGAAGGCUUCAGUGGCUUCAAGAGGUACGUGACCGCGGCCGAGGACAAGGAGCUGGAGGCCAAGAUUGCGGUCGUCGAGAAGUACAACAUCAGGAUUCCGGAGCUGGUGGAGAGGAUCGAGAAGUGUCACAUAGAAGACCUGGACUUCGCAGAGUACAUUUUGGGCACGGUGCACAAAGCCAAAGGCUUGGAGUUUGACACGGUGUACGUUCUGGACGAUUUUGUGAAAGUGCCUUGUGCCAGGCACAACCUCGCACAGCUGCCCCACUUCAGAGUCGAGUCGUUUUCUGAGGACGAGUGGAACUUACUGUACGUCGCGGUAACUCGUGCCAAGAAGCGUCUCAUCAUGACCAAGUCCUUGGAGAACAUCCUGACUUUGGCUGGGGAGUACUUCCUGCGGGCAGAGCUGACGAGUGACGUUUUGAAGACCGGGGUGGUCCGCUGCUGCGUGGGGCAGUGCAACAACGCCAUCCCCGUGGACACGGUGCUCACCAUGAAGAAGCUCCCCAUCACCUACAGCAACAGGAAGGAGAACAAGGGCGGCUACCUCUGCCACUCGUGCGCGGAGCAGCGCAUCGGGCCGCUGGCCUUCCUGACGGCCUCUCCCGAGCAGGUGCGCUCCAUGGAGCGCACCGUGGAGAACAUAGUGCUGCCCAGACACGAAGCCCUGCUCUUCCUCGUCUUCUGAAAGCCACGGGGAGCUUUCUCCACGGUACAGAAUGCCUUGUGUGGACUCCAGUUACUUGAAGAAAGCCAAUGUGGGGUGGGGCUCUCACUCACCUGAGACUCUGAGUUUGCUCACAGAGCAGUUUUUGAGGAAUACAAAGCCAACGAGAGUUGGACCUGCCAUUUCUCCGUUCCUUGUAGGUAGCCGGUUGCCGCUGCCCUCCUCCAGGCGCAUCCGGCUGGGGGCUGGGGCUGGGGGUAUUCUUUUGAUAAAAAAACAAAACAUUUUAUGUAUUUAAACUUUUAUUACAAGAUUUCAAUUAAACAGGCAUUGUAGCACUGGCGUA